AUGUCUGCCCGUGCGGUGGGCCGGAGUGCUCGUGCACUGUGGCUCAGGAAUGACCUCCGCCUCGACGACAACCUUGCACUGAAGGCGGCAGCGGAAGGUGCCGAGUCGCUGCUGCCUGUCUUCGUGUUCGACCCGUCUCGCUUCAACGUGCCGACGCUGGCAGGUGCAAGGAAGUGCAACGCGCGGCGGGCGCGCUUCUUGCUGGAAAGCGUGGACUCUCUGCGCCGGCGCCUGGAGAGCAUCGGCUCGGGUCUGGCCGUGGCACUCGGGCCUCCGCAAGAGGUGAUUCCGAAGCUCUGCGACGGCUGCAGCGCCGUGGCCGUCGCACAGGGCUAUUGCAGUGAAGAGCAGCGAGAAGAAGCCCUGGUGGCCAAGCGGCUCCGCACAAUGGGUGCGGAGCUGACUACUGUAUGGGGAGGCACGCUCUACAUGCCGGAGGAGUGCGGACAGAACCCUCGCAACACGCCGCUGCUUUUCACGUCUUUCAAGAACAAGGCCGAAGGCCGCGGCCAGAUCCGGAGCCCGGUGCCUACGCCGAAGCAGCUGCCUUCCCUCCCAAAGAAGCAGGGCGAGCUCGAGACCGCCUUAGGUUUCCUGCCGACUCUGCAGCAGCUUGGAUACGACGACAGUGAGGUCGCCGAAGCGAUGCAAGAUGAUCCGAGAGGCGUCUUGCCGUUUCGAGGCGGCGAGGAUGCAGCGCUGGCACGGCUGCAGAAGUGGAUGUUCGAUGAUGAUCACCUGAAAGACUAUUUCGACAUCCGGAACGGAAUGCUUGGUGAAGGGUACUCCUCUAAACUCAGCCCGUGGCUGGCUCUUGGCUGCAUCUCACCUCGACGGAUCUGGUCCGAGGCCCAGCGCUACGAGACGGAGAGGCGCAUCAAAAACAAGUCCACAUACUGGCUCAUUUUUGAGCUGACUUGGCGAGACUUCUUCAUCUACAUGGCGUUGAGUCAAGGAGACAAGAUUUUUGUCCCUGGGGGCGUCACCGGUGACAGGACUCCUUGGCGAGGCUCUCCGGACAAGCUCGAAAGGUGGAAGGAGGGCAAAACAGGGGACCCUCUUGUCGAUGCGAACAUGCGGGAGCUCGGCGCCACUGGCUUCAUGAGCAAUCGAGGGCGGCAGAACGUAGCAAGCUUCCUGAUCUUCGAUUUGGGCGUAGACUGGCGCUAUGGCGCUGCACACUUCGAAGAGUAUCUCCUAGACUACGACCCCUGCUCCAACUGGGGCAACUGGGUGGCAGCCGCCGGUCUCACAGGGCAGCGAAUCAACAAGUUCAACACGAAGAAGCAGCUUUCAGACUAUGAUCCCCAGCGCGAGUAUGUCAACCACUGGCUGCGCGGUGAGCGCAAAGCCGUCCUGCGGCCAGGUCCCAAUUCUGAGGCUGACAAGGGAUAUGGCCGCGGCAAGGGAAAGGAUCACAGAGAUAGAGAUGGGGCUGGAGAAGGCGGUGGAAAGCGCGGCCGAUGGACACGCAGUGAGAAGGGCAAGGGGAAAGGUGCUGGUGGGCAGAAGAGGUCCUUCUACAGUCAGGAGGAUGACCGAAUGGAAGACAUGGUGCGUGGUGCCUAA